CGCAGCGGGGCCAGACGGAAGGGCGGAGCUGCCGGAGGCCACUUCCGCUUCCGCCGGGGAGGUUCCCCAUCUGCGGUCAUGAGUCGCUUCAAGUUUAUCGAUAUUGGUAUCAACUUGACUGACCCUAUGUUCAGAGGAAUUUAUAGGGAGGUUCAAAAGCAUCAAGAUGACUUACAGGAUGUAAUAGGGAGAGCUGUCGAGAUUGGUGUUAAAAAGUUUAUGAUUACAGGUGGAAAUCUACAAGACAGUAAAGAUGCACUGCAUUUGGCACAAACAAAUGAUAUGUUUUUCAGUACAGUUGGAUGUCAUCCUACAAGAUGUGGUGAAUUUGAAAAGAAUAACCCUGAUCUUUACUUAAAGGAGUUGCUAAAUCUUGCUGAAAACAAUAAAGGGAAAGUUGUGGCAAUAGGAGAAUGUGGACUUGAUUUUGACCGACUGCAGUUUUGUCCCAAAGAUACUCAACUCAAAUAUUUUGAAAAACAGUUUGAACUGUCAGAACAAACAAAAUUACCAAUGUUUCUUCAUUGUCGAAACUCACAUGCUGAAUUUUUGGACAUAAUGAAAAGAAAUAGAGAUCGGUGUGUAGGGGGAGUGGUGCAUUCAUUUGAUGGUAGCAAGGAAGCAGCAGCUGCUUUGAUUGACUUGGAUCUUUAUAUAGGAUUUAAUGCAUUAUGUAUACAUAUACACGUCAUAUCUGACUAUGUGAAAGGUUAUUCUAUGAUAGUCAUACAUCUCUGCAAGCAAAGAAACCGAGGCUCAAAGAAAUUAGGAAACAGCUCACUGAAAACUGAAGCUAAUUUGGAAGUUUUGAAGUCAAUUCCUAGUGAAAAAUUAAUGAUUGAGACAGAUGCACCUUGGUGUGGAGUCAAAAGUACACAUGCUGGAUCAAAAUAUAUAAAAACUGCAUUUCCUACCAAAAAGAAGUGGGAAAGUGGGCACUGCUUAAAAGACAGAAAUGAACCCUGCCAUAUAAUUCAAAUAUUGGAGAUAAUGUCAGCAGUCAGAGAUGAGGAUCCACUGGAAUUAGCCAAUACGCUAUAUAACAAUACUAUUAAAGUAUUUUUUCCUGGAAUAUAAUUGGUAUAUGUCUUCCACUUUCCAUCAUGUAUGUAAAAUUUCAUAGUAAAACUUACUGAUAGCUUCAAAAUAAAGAAAUUAUCUGCAAGUUGUCUAAAGAAA